GCCAGACUGCCCCUAGCCAACCACCGGCCGCCAGCCUACGCCCACCACGCUCGCGGCUUCCGGCGGGCGCUUGGCACAGUCUCCAUUGCCGCUCAGCUCUGGUACAGCAGUUCCGCCAUUUUCAAUUCCACUCACGCGUCUCCCCAUCAUCAUCAUCAGCAUCAGCCAUGCUUUCCACGCAGAUCCGGCAAUCGAGCUGAACAUUCGGAAUCCACUCAAAAAUAAACAAACUCCAAAAUCAGUUGGAAAAAGUGUAAAGGAAGCCAGCCUUCACCUUAAUGUGGCUCGGGAGCUGCGCAGGCAGCGCGACCGCAGCCGCAGCCGCGCUACAUAAACCCGUCGCCCACCCGCGGCCCCUCCUCAGAGUCUCCGCCUGUUCCUCCACCCCCGCACCGCUCCACGCCAACGCCCACCCCUCCGUCGCGGCUGGUCCGACCCGGGGCCCGGGCCCCAGCGCAGGCGUCGCGCCCACCGCGAUGCCGUCUUCCUCCUCCGCGCCGACGACGCCGCCGCCCGCCGAGGAGACGACCGCCGCCGCCGCAGCCGGCGGGUUCCGCCUCACCGAGCCCUCCUUCCUCGAGUCGCUCAUGCCGAAGAAGGAGACCGGCGUUGACCGCUUCCUCGCCGCGCACCCCGAGUACGACGGCCGCGGCUCGCUCAUCGCCAUCUUCGAUUCUGGAGUUGAUCCGGCUGCAGCUGGGUUGCAGAAAACUUCUGACGGGAAGCCCAAGAUCCUUGAUGUUAUUGAUUGCACGGGUAGUGGUGAUGUUGACACGUCCAAAGUGGUGAAAGCUGAUGCUGACGGUGCUAUAGUUGGUGCUUCAGGCGCUCGUUUGUCUGUAAAUCCCUCAUGGAAGAACCCUUCUCAAGAGUGGCGUGUUGGCUGCAAACUAGUAUAUGAACUCUUCACGGACACACUUAUAUCUCGAUUGAAGAAAGAAAGAAAAAAGAAAUGGGAUGAAGAAAACCAAGAAGCGAUAUCCAGAGCUCUGAACCAGCUGAACGAGUUUGAAAAGAAGCAUAGUAAGCCUGAUGAUGCUAAACUGAAAAAGGCUCAAGAAGACCUGCAAAACAGACUUGAUUGCCUGAGGAAACAAGCAGAUGGUUAUGAUGACAGGGGACCUGUGAUUGAUGUUGUUGUAUGGCAUGAUGGUGAUGUGUGGAGGGUUGCAGUUGAUACUCAGGGACUUGAGGAUAAGAAAGAUAGUGGAAAACUAGCAGAUUUUGUUCCGUUGACAAACUACAGGAUUGAGCGAAAGUUUGGGAUUUUUAGCAAAUUAGAUGCUUGCUCUUUUGUAGCAAAUGUGUAUGAUGAUGGGAACCUUGUCAGCAUAGUAACUGACUGCUCUCCGCAUGCUACCCAUGUUGCCGGCAUUGCAGCUGCUUUUCAUCCUGAAGAACCUUUGCUGAAUGGAGUUGCACCAGGGGCACAAUUGAUUUCUUGUAGAAUAGGAGAUACCCGCUUAGGAUCAAUGGAGACAGGGACAGGCUUGGUUAGGGCCUUGAUAGCUGCAGUAGAGCACAAAUGCGAUCUGAUUAAUAUGAGCUACGGUGAGCCUGCUCUUCUUCCUGACUAUGGAAGAUUCAUUGAUAUUGUCAAUGAGGUUGUCGACAAGCAUCGUAUUAUAUUUAUUAGUAGUGCUGGAAACAACGGUCCGGCUUUAAACACUGUUGGUGCACCUGGCGGGACUAGUUCAAGCAUUAUUGGUAUUGGUGCCUAUGUCUCACCAGCUAUGGCUGCUGGAGCUCACUGUGUCGUACAACCUCCGUCGGAGGGGAUGGAGUACACAUGGUCUAGUCGAGGUCCCACAGCUGAUGGGGAUCUUGGUGUCUCCAUUAGCGCACCUGGUGGAGCAGUGGCCCCUGUGCCAACAUGGACCCUUCAGUCUCGCAUGCUCAUGAAUGGUACUUCCAUGUCAUCUCCUUCUGCCUGUGGUGGGGUUGCUCUCCUUGUUAGUGCCAUGAAGGCUGAAGGCAUUCCAGUAAGCCCUUAUACUGUGAGGAAGGCAAUCGAGAAUACAGCUUCAUCUAUAAGUGAUGCACCUGAGGAGAAACUGACAACAGGACAUGGGCUUUUGCAAGUUGAUAGGGCUUAUGAAUAUGCGCGGCAAGCUAAGAAGUUGCCACUUGUUUCUUACAGAAUCUCAAUCAGUCAAGUAGGGAAGUCAAUUCCAAAACUAAGAGGAAUAUAUCUACGUGGGAGUAAUUCAUGUCAACAAACGAGUGAGUGGACUGUUCAACUUAACCCAAAAUUUCACGACGAUGCGAGUAAUUUGGAGCAAUUGGUUCCAUUUGAGGAGUGCCUGCAGCUGCAUUCCACUGAUAGCUCUGUUAUUAAUAUUCCUGAGUAUAUAUUGUUGACAAACAAUGGGCGCAGUUUCAACAUUGUCGUCAAUCCUGUUAAUAUCAGUAGUGGCCUUCACUACUAUGAAGUUUAUGGCAUGGAUUGCAGAGCACCAUGGCGUGGACCCAUUUUCCGAGUGCCAAUCACAAUAAUUAAGCCUAUUGCUCUAUCAGGAGAGCCGCCAGUAUUGUUACUUUCCAAACUGUACUUCAAGUCAGGUCAUAUCGAAAGGAGGUUCAUAAAUGUGCCAAUUGGGGCCUCGUGGGCGGAAGUUACCAUGCGCACAUCAGCCUUUGAUACUCCUAGAAGGUUCUUUUUGGAUACUGUUCAGAUGUGUCCACUGAAGCGACCUAUCAAAUGGGAGUCUGUUGUCACUUUCUCGUCACCAUCUAUCAAGAAUUUCAGUUUUCCUGUUGAAGGUGGCUUAACUUUGGAAUUGUCUAUAGCCCAGUUCUGGUCUAGUGGAAAUGCUAGCCAUGAACCUACCUGUGUUGAUUUCGAGAUUGUGUUUCAUGGAAUUUUCAUUGAUAAGAAAGUAAUUGCCCUUGAUGGUAGUGAGUCACCUAUGCGUAUUGUUGCUAGAUCAUUAUUAGCAUCAGAAAGGCUUGUUCCUGUUGCCACUCUGAACAAGAUCAAGAUACCUUAUCGACCAGUGGAUUCUAACUUUUGUCCGCUUCCCACCAGCCGUGAUAGAUUACCCUCUGGCAAGCAAAUUAUUGCACUGACUUUGACUUACAAAUUCAAACUGGAGGACGGUGCUGAAGUAAAGCCCCAUCUGCCCCUACUUAACAACAGAAUAUAUGAUAAUAAGUUUGAGUCUCAGUUCUAUAGAAUUUCAGAUUCAAAUAAGUGUGUUUACUCUUCUGGUGAUGUCUAUCCUAGUUAUGUCAAACUUCCAAAAGGUGAAUACACACUGCAAUUGUACAUAAGGCAUGAAAAUGUGCAAAUCUUGGAGAAGCUGAAGCAAUUGGUUCUAUUUAUUGAGAGAAAACUAGAGAAGAAGGAUUGCAUUCAAUUAAGUUUCUACUCUGAACCUGAUGGUCCUAUAAUUGGAAAUGCCGCCUUCAAGUCCUCUGUUUUAGUUCCCGGAGAACCUGAAGCAUUCUAUGUGGGUCCACCAUCUAGAGAAAAACUUCCGAAGGGUGCUCCACCUGGGUCUGUUUUAGUUGGCUCCAUAACCUAUGGUAUAGUAAGCUCCUUCAACAAGAAAGAUGAACAGCAUGCUCCAGCAUCUUAUAGCAUUUUGUGUAUCAUUCCACCAUCAAAGGUUGAUGAUACUAAAGAAAAGGGGGUUUCAGUUGAAACAGAGAAGAGUAUUUCUGAGAGGUUAAAUGAUGAGGUUCGAGACACCAAGAUAAAGUUUCUUUCGGGCCUUAAACAAGACAAUGAGGACAACAAGUCUGCCUGGACUGAGCUUGUCGCUUCUCUUAAGUCUGAGUAUCCAAAAUAUACACCUUUGCUUGCCAAAAUUUUGGAAUGUGUACUUCAGGAAUCAACCUCUGAUGAUAAAAUUAGCCAUCACAAAGAGGUUAUUGUUGCAGCUGAUGAGGUCGUGGACAGUAUUGACAAAGAGCAACUAGCAAAACUUUUGUCUUUAAAACCCGAUCCUGAGGAUGAAGAAUCACAGAAAACUAAGAAAAAAAUGGAAGAAACACGAGACCAGCUAGCAGAUGCACUAUACCAAAAAGGUCUUGCACUGGCAGAGAUUGAGUCGUUAAAGCCUGAUGAGUCAACCGAGGCAUCUGCUAAAGAUGUUUUUGAGGAGAAUUACAAAGAAUUAAUUAAAUGGGUUGAUGCCAAAUCUACAAAAUACGGCACUCUGACCGUUCUACGUGAGAGGCGCUGUGGAAGAUGUGGCACGGCACUCAAGGUUCUAAACGACAUGAUUCAAGAGGACUCUGAGCAACCAAAGAAGAAGUUAUAUGAUCUGAAGAUCCAGCUGAUUGAGGAGAUAGGAUGGGCACAUGUAUCGGCUUAUGAAAAGCAGUGGAUGCAUGUCCGCUUUCCCCCAUCUCUGCCUCCCUUUUAAUUGGGUAUGCUUACCAUUUAGUCUGGCAUCGGUAGGUUCAGUACUUUGUGUCAUUGUUGGAUGCAACAUUUGUCAUUUCAGGGAUCUUCCAUUUGACAUUUCCAUUCUUGAAAUGGUAAUAAGGCAUGCAAGCACGGCCACAUUGGAUUA